AUGGGCCUUUGCCAAUUCUCCGGUUCGGCCACACAGAUCGCCGCUUGCAUCGUAGCGUCGUUGCCCGUGUUCAUGGCGGGAGUCGUGCUCGGAUGGCCGUCACCUGUCAUGGAGUACAUGUCGGCCGGACACGCGCCCCUGUCUCUUUCGUCCACGGAGACGUCGUGGAUGGUCGCCUGCAUUGAUGUCGGAAACUUCGCCAUGGCCGUGCCCGCGGGAUGGCUGAUGGACCGGAUCGGUCGCAAGUACGCCGUCGGCGCGUCCGCACCGCUAAUGUUCGCCGGAUGGAUGUUCAUACUGUUUGGCCGACAAGCAUGGUGUCUGUUCGUGGCAAGGCUGCUCCAGGGGUUUGCCGUGGGAAUCGCAUGGGUGGUGGUUCCGGCGUACGUCGGCGAGAUGGCCAGCAUCCGGAUACGUGGCAAGCUCAGCCUGUUAGUGCAGAUCAGCUACGCGUUGGGCCUGCUGUUCUCGUACUCGGCCGGUUGGCUGCUCGGCGAUUACACCGCACUAGCCGCCAUAUCGACCUGCCUGACGGUCGUGUCUGGCGCACUGUUCAUGUUCCUGCCCGAGUCACCGUACUACCUGAUGCUGGAUGGCCGACCGGAGGAAGCGGCCGUGUGCUUGUGGUCUCUGAGGAGUUACACGGACGAAGAUCUACAGACCGAACUGUUGACCGUCAAACACUCCAUUUCAAACGACAGGGAUAAAGGGAGCGUCAGAGACCUGUUAAGCAGAGACCGUCGCCCGCUGGUGAUCGUCAUUGUGUUGGCCGUACUACAAAUGGCCUGCGGGGCUAGCGUGUUAGAAGCAUACGCGGCGACCAUCAUGUCAGGCACGCAUAUAUCAGCCAACGCGUCCGCUGUGUACUUGGGCCUAGUCGUGCUGGUGGCCGCCGUUCCGUUCGCGCUGGUUGUGGACCGUUGCGGCCGUCGGCCACUGAUGAUCGUCUCGUGUUUCGGCACGGCCGCCUGUCACGCGGCCGUGGCCAGCGUUCUCUGGCGGCGAGACGUCGUCGGCCGUAGCUGGCAGCCGCUGUUCUGGCCAAUAGCUGGAGCCCAGUUCUUCAUCAACAUCGGCCUCAUGCCCUUGCUGUCCGUCGUCCAGUGCGAGUACUUCCCGUCCGACACCCGGGCCCUGGCCGACACGGCCGUCGUGUUGGCCGUCACGAUGACGUCCACAGUCAUGAUCACAAUCUACCAGCCGGUGGCCGACGCCCUCUGCGCAUCCGCCAACUUCGGUAUCUACUCGGCUGCUUCCCUAGCCGGCGGCCUGUUCUGUUGCCUGUUCAUGCCCGAGACCAAGCAAAAAUCGUUCGCUGAAAUACAAGUGGACUUUCACAAGACUAAACGGCACGCCAACAACGGAGCUCACACACUGUGUGAUUAUCAGGAGAUCUGA